ACGAUGCAACAUCUUCAUCUGUCGAAAUAGUAUUUGAGGGUACCAUUGGUGAAGAUUAUUCAAGAUUACUUUUUAGAAAUAAUGGAAUGAAUUUCCGGCAACAAGAUUGGGACCGAUUAAAGAAAAUUGCUGAGGGAAAUCCAGAUGAGCAAAAGAUCGGCGCUUUUGGUGUUGGAUUUUAUUCGAUCUUCUCAAUCUGUGAAGAACCAUUUGUAUCUUCCGGCAAUCUUGGAAUGGCAUUUUAUUGGCAAGGUGAUCAGUUGUAUGUAAGACAUGGUCCCAUCAACAACAGUGAUUCUACGUGGACUACAUUCUUAAUGGAUAUGAGAAAUCCUUUGAAGCUUCCAGAUUUUGACGAAUUCAGUCGUUUUUUGGCAACUUCACUGGGAUUCACCACAAAUCUUCGAAAAAUUUCAGUAUAUUUUAAUGAAAAUGAAUUACUCUGUAUUUCAAAAGAAACUAUUAGUCGCCCUCGAUCAAUUAAAAUCAGACCUGAUAUAAAUAAUGAAUCUCCAGAAAAAUUGUUUAAACUAGAAUCAGUCAAUAUUCAUACUGUUAAAUUUGAUGCUGUUAUCACUCCUAAAACUGUAUCAUCCAAUCAUGAAGAAAAAAGGGUAUCCGUAUGUUUUCAAAUUGCUAAUGGAAAUUUAAAAGUUCAGGUUCCGAGUAAAUUUUCCGUUGAAAUGGAAAGGUUAACAAAGAAAAAGCCUCCAAGUAAAACCACCAUACAGGUUAUUCUUCCCGUUUACGAUGACUAUGAAUCUUCUGAUGUGACUUUCGAUAUUUUCAAGGAUUUAUUGCCAUUCCCUGGGCAAGGAAAUAUCUUUAUUGGUUUUAGAACUCAUCAGACAACCGGUUAUUCCGUGAAUUUGGCAGCUCGUGUCAUACCAACUGUUGAACGUGAAUCGAUUGACUUUGCUGAAAAAACACUUUCAACUUAUAAUAAAGAAAUGUUAUCUUCAGCUGGAACAUUGUGCCGCUUGUUAUAUGAAGAUGAGAUGAACCAAAUCUCACAACUAUACCAACACAUAUCAGAUGACAAUCAACUAAUGCUUGAAGAUCGUUCAGCACGCGUUCUUAAUCAUUUCACCUUUAGGCAAAGCACUCCAGAUUUCAAAGUAGGAAGCAUAAUCGAAACACAAUUUUAUAAAUGUUGUUCAUCACAACUGUCCUUAUUAUCUACUCAUGGCGUCAAAGCCAUUAAUCUAAUAAGACUACCUAGUCCAGAAAUGACUGCAUUUAUCAAAACUAUUCCAGUUGUUCCGAAAAUACUGAUGGAUAAAUGCGAAUUAUUUUUUCAUAGAGCGAAUAUUAUCUUGCAUAUUAUUGAAAAAAUUUCAAUAAAUGACAUAUUUGAAGAAUUGAAAAAUCGAACUCUGGAUAAAGAUGAGAUGAUUGCCUUGAUGGAAUGGUGGAUAACCAAAAUUUUUUCGAUAACAGAUCAUGACAAAUUCAUCAAAUUGGCCACUAUCAACAUUGAAAAUAAGGUCUUACAUUUGAAAAAUAUUCGUCAUUUCCUAAACCCAGGUAUUAUAAAUCCAGGUUUAGAUGUUCCAUCCGAUGUACUGCCAUAUGCUAUUAGUCAACAUUUUAAUAAUAGAUUAGAUAAAUUUAAGCAAUCAUUUAGAAAUUGGACUGAGCUUUCAUUGGUCACGUGGACGCGAUAUAUUAUUGAAAAAUAUGAAUUAAAAAAUAAUCCAGCAUUUGCUGAGGAAUUUAUAAAUACUCUUUCACGUGGAUUCAAAAAUACAAAAAAGGAUGAUCAAUCCACUUUAUGUCAAUUAUUAUCUCGAAUUAAAUGUAUUCCUACACAAUUUGGCGUGAAAAAACCUGCUAAAACAUAUUUUCCAGAUGUAAAAUUAUUUUCGGAUUUGCCCAAUGUUAGCGUGAAAGGGGACGAGAAAUUUUUCACAGAGUUAGGAAUAAAGAAAUAUGUGGAAAUAGAAGUUGUGUUUGCUCGAUUAAUUAAUAGUGAAAAUUUGGAUCACAUGAAGCUUUUGAAAUACUUUGCCAAGUUUGCGGAGGAUCUUAAAGCUUCAGAUAUUGAAAAAUUAAAACGGGCCACGAUUUGGAUAAAAGAACGUACUGGUAGUAAUAAUAUUCAAAGAUAUUUAGCAAGAGAUUUGUAUACUCCAUGCAAUCAAAAUAGAGAACUUAAAUUACCAAUAAUACAAUGGAAAGGGCAUUGGAACAAAAAUUCAAAUGAAGCUAAAUUAAUCAUUGGGCUUGGACUACAAGAAUAUCCAUCUCUCCAAACUAUUCUUCAACUUGCAGAACAAAGCCAACCCUUCGAACUUCGUGAGAAAGCACUUAAAUAUUUUAUCAAAAAUUUCAAAGAAAAAUAUUCCGAAAAAUAUGAAUCAAAUUCUAUCCAGAUAAAAUUUUUACCGUGUAUCGAUCCCAAUAUUUACGCGAAACCAUCAGAGUGUUAUUCAAGUCCUUAUUGUGUGAAGAUGGGAUUUAAUGCUUUGCGUCAAGAUUUAUGUUUUUGGGCUAAAGAAAUUGGUAUUAAAAAUCAUCCUGAUAAUAAUUUGUUGCAGGAUAAAUUAAUGAAAAAUCCUCCAAACAUUGAUAAUGCAAGUGAAAUUUUCGAAUACUUGUAUUUUGCAUCGCGUGGAAGUCAUUCAAAUUGGAAAGAACUUCAGAAUAUCGAGUUCAUACCUAUCCGAGAGAAAGUUUCGCCAUAUAAAGUUACUCAUUACAAGCCGGAAGAAUGUUAUUUCAAAGUAUUUGAUGAAAGUUAUGCGGAUUUAUUUAAAUGUGUUGAUUUUGGUGAAAAUGCAAAUAAAUUUCUAAAAGAUUGUGGUGUAAAACAAGAACCAUCAGUGUUGGAUUUAGCAGAAUACCUUAUUACGUCAUCCAGGGAAUUCUGGUCAAGGCAUAAUAAUGAGAAUUUAUAUAAAAAAAUCUUGGGAACUAUUGCGUACAACUAUGAAGCAUUGAAUAGGAUACAACCUGGAAUACUUGAUAGAAUGAAACGAUGUCCAAUCUUGUUAGGUUUAAAGAAAAGAAAUAUUUCCGGAACAACAACAGAAGUUUAUGAGUUAGUCUGCGCGAAAGAUAUUUUUAUAAAUGAUAAUGAAAGAUAUCGAAAUAUGUUUAAUCCAUUGAUUUGCCCAUUUACAGAUCGUACAGAAAAAUUUUAUGAAAUAUUGGGAAGUCAAUCUCUUGAUGCCAAUAUUAUUGCAACACCUCGACAUGCUGCUAUGGAGAUAACCUCAAGCAUUUCUCGUAAAAUAAAACAAAAAAUUAUGGAGAGAGUACCUUGGUACUACUCUGGUAUUAAAGGUGGGGAUCUGAAGAAUGAUAUUUCAUGGAUAAAAAAAUUACAAGUAAAACAAACUAGCCGAAUUGACAUGGACUAUGAGCUUAUUCCCAAACAUGAAAUAAAAUCAGUUGAAGUCUCUGCUUGUGUUUCAGAGAAUGGAAACAAAUUAACUCUUUAUAUUACUAAAGAAGAUUAUACGGAUAUUGCAAAUGCAUUAAUUCAACGUAUUCAUCGUCGGCCUGAAAGACAACAUAGCACAAAUUUGUUCCUCUAUUUAACCUUUUCAAUAGAAGAAUUGCAACGACUUGGUUACCCUACUGAAAAUAUAAAGAUUGAUAAUGUAAUUAUUGAUGAAUUACCUGAGGCAACACCAACAGUGCCAGUAAAAAAAUUAUCUACUACUGAAUUCGAGAAUAUGUUAGAUGAAGGGAUUGCAUCUUGUAAAUCAAAUCAUAAACGAUCAAUCCCAGCAGACAAUAAUCCUGUGGAAAGUUUUGUUACUGAAGAAAAACAUUACGAAUCUCCUUUAAAUUAUGUUAAAACAGUAGAUUCGAUUGAACUUCAUAUUAAAGAUACUUUAGAUUCGUCUAUUAUUCUAUCACCUACUAUUGCCAUGGAUAGGAAUAUAAAAAAUUUCAUUAAAGUUCUUGUUAGCGUUUCUGAAAUAUUCAAACUUCCAAAAAGCAAAAUUAACAUAUUUUACGAUAACGAUUCAACAAAGGUUGCUUUUAAUCGUGAUAAAACCUUGUUUUUCAACAUACAAUGUUACAUAGAAUCAGGACAUUCUUUAAAUACUGCAAUUGUAUCUUGGUUCAUGACAUUUUGUCAUGAAUUGGCACAUAAUUUCAUUUCACCACAUAAUGCCGAAUUUGUGUUUUACUUACAAUCUUAUGCAAAAAAAUAUUUUCCAAAAUUGAUAAAUAAAAUUGGAGCUCAGAAUGCUAAUUAUGAAGAUUUCUUUUCACCG